AUGACAUUCAAUCCACUUCCAGAAAUCCGUAACGACUCUUCCAAGGUCCAGCUGGACCGCAUCUCCCAUGUGUUCUUCGACCACCCGGACCUGAACAAAUUCCACACUUUUGCCAUCGACUUCGGUCUCACACCUGUCGAGACCUCCAAUGAGGACCUUCGCCUCUAUCGUGGCUACGGCAAAGACCCAUACUGCUACGUUGCCAGAAGGUCCAAGACCGGUAAACCAGCUUUUGGAGGUGGAGCUUUCCUCGCUCAGACUGAAGCCGAAUUCGACAAGGCCGCUGCCAUUGAAAGUGCCGUCAUCUCAGACUUGUCGGGACUUCCUGGCGGCGGUCGAAUGAUCACCCUGAAGUCGCCGGCUGGGUUUCCUUUUCAUGUCGUGCACGGGAUAGAGGACCGGCAAGGCGAAGGGCCGGUUCCCUCUGCGCAGGUAGAAAGUCUAGGACCUUUGAAUGGCAGUGUCAACAAAAACCGCAAGUUCCAGCGAUUCCAUCCUGGUCCGGCUCUUGUGCACAAGCUAGGCCACUACGGCUUCAUAGUGUCGGAGUGGGAAAAGGAAGUCGACUGGUACACGCGCAAUUUCAACUUCGUUCCUUCUGACGUCCAGUACGCCCCCCAAAACGAAAAUAUGGAUGUUGUCACAUUCAUGCACCUCGAUCUAGGGGAGCGCUACUCGGACCACCACUCUCUGUUUGUGUCCCGCGCGACCCCGGGAGAGGGUGACCGGAUGCACCACGCCUCAUUCGAGGUCGAGGAUUUUGAUACGCAGCUUCUCGGGCACGAAUGGCUGGCUGGAAAGAAUUACACAUCCGUCUGGGGUGUCGGCAGACAUAUUCUGGGAUCUCAGAUCUUUGACUACUGGAGAGACCCCACGGGGUUCACCAUUGAGCAUUAUGCUGAUGGCGAUCUUGUCAAUGUGCACACUGGAACCAAGAGAAGCAUGGCUGGAGCGUUACAUGUUUGGGGCCCUGAGAUGACGGACGAGAUGAUGAAGGACGGCACAAGUCCCACUGCGGCUUGA